CAGAAGAAUUCACUAGAAUGAAUGAGAACAGGCACUUUGAUCUUCAAAGUCCACCCUGUGUUCUUUGUGGACGGACAGAUGAUUGCCCUGAAAAAUAUGGAGAAAAAAGUACCUAUGUGGGAUACAAUCUCACUGUUCAUUAUUACUGUCUGUUGAUGUCAAGUGGCAUUUGGCAACGAGGAAAAGAAGAUGAAGGUGUAUAUGGCUUUUUAAUCACAGAUAUAAGAAAAGAAGUAAAUAGAGCUGCAAAACUGAAAUGUAAUAUCUGUAAGAAAAAGGGCGCUUCAAUUGGAUGUGUAGCUCCCAAGUGCAAGCGAAGUUACCAUUUUCCUUGUGGGAUCCAAAAAGAAUGUAUCUUCCAGUUCAUGGAAGACUUUAGGUCAUACUGUUGGGAACAUAAACCAGUCCAAAAGUUUUCAGUUAAGGAAUCUAGAGAAUCCUCGCAGUGUAUAAUAUGCCUGGAAUUGGUUGAACACCUUCCACUCUACAGUGUACUAAAAAGUCCUUGCUGUAGAAAUGCUUGGUUUCAUCGAGAAUGCUUGCAGUAUCACGCGUUGAGUGCUGGGGUGUUUUUCUUUAGGUGUUCAGUAUGUAAUAACAAGGAUACAUUUCAGAAGGAAAUGUUGAGAAUGGGCAUACACAUUCCAGAAAAGGAUGCGUCAUGGGAACUUGAAGAGAAUGCAUAUCAAGAGCUACUGCAGUGUUAUCAGCACUGCGAUGUUAGAAGAUGUCUCUGCAAAAAAGGAAGAGACUAUAAUGAACCUGAUAGUAAAUGGGAAAUAAAGCGUUGUCAGUGUUGCGGUUCCCGUGGAACUCACCUGGCCUGCUCAUCCAUGAAAUCGUGGGAGCAAAACUGGGAGUGCGUGGAGUGCAGAAGUAUCUUUGCAAAAUCAGGGAAAUAUAGCAAGCAGCAAAAGCGUUCUUUGGCUAACUCUGAGAAGGCAGGUGGGACAACCUGUUUGUUGGAAGAGCCUUCUCCCAAGUGCCCUCGGCCAUCAUCUGGAUCUCAACACGGCUUUCUUCUCCAGUCACCAAAGAUAAUGUGCCAGAGCAACGUGACUCCCUGCUCACGCCUGGAAUUUCCAGCAUCCAACCGAAUGACAAUGUCCUUGUCUCCACGGAUGGCAAACGGGAGCUUGUCACUGCGGAAAAAGUGUCUAAGGCAGCAAAGGAGGGAAGUGUCUAAUAUACUGAAGGAAUUAAAGCUGCAAGUUAAUACAAAAACUACAAGGCUUAACAUCAAUACAGAAAAUAUCUGGAAAAGUGCUUUGAAGGGAUUUAGGCAGCGCAGCUUCAGUCCUACAAACGCCAUUGAAAUAAAGUUCACAGGCUGCAGAAACAGGCUGGAGAGAGAAACCUCUGAUGGAUCAAAAUACCGUUUCUUCAAAUUAUUAAUGCUUAAUCUUCAGAACUCAUCACUGUUUGAGGGCUCUUCUGUAAAGAAUCUGACCCUUGAUUCUCAAGCUCUAAAAGAAAAUUUGUAUUUUGAAGCUGGCAGAAUGAUUGCAGUUUCUCUGGUUCAUGGUGGCCCAUCUCUUGGUUUCUUUUCUAAGACCUUGUUCGAUUGUCUUGUCUAUGGUCCAGAGAAUGUGAAACCAGCUUUGGAAGAUGUUGCUGAUGUUGGUGUAGCACAAACAAUAAAGACGAUAAAAUAUUCAAAUAGUCUAUCCAGCCUACAGUCAACUGUACAUGACUGCUAUGAAUUUCUUGCUGCUGCUGGGUGUUUAAGACCUGUAACAACUUUGUGUGAUAAGAAUAUGCUGGUGAAUGACCUAUUGAUCUAUCAUGUUAUCAAGAGAAUUAUUUCACCAUUGGAAAGUUUUAGGCAAGGUUUGAAAACUCUUGGUGUGCUAGAGAAAAUGCAGACACAUCCAGAUGCAUUCUCCAGUAUAUUUUGUCGUGAACCUGAAAGACUUUCAGCAGAAACUCUUUGUGAUCUCUUCACAAUCCAUUGCUCAUCAGAUAUAAAUAAAGUUGAAGGUGCUGAUUUUUGGAUGGGUUAUUUGCAGGAUGUGGAAAGUGGCGAAUCUGUAGUGACACUGGAGGACAUUCUGCUCUUUGCCACAGGCUGUUCUUCUGUACCACCCAUUGGUUUUGAUCCUGAACCCACUGUUAAAUUUUUGCCUGUAAAGUAUCCUGUUGGAAACAAACUCCAUAAUUGCCUAGAGCUCCCACUAACAAACACAUAUGAGCAGUUUAAAAACAAAAUGGAGUUCACCAUCAGAAACACGCUAAAAGUAGAAAGAGAAUAA